AUGGCUGAGGCUGUUGUUACAAUUGUUGCAGAAGGGAUCAAGCCCCUCGUAGACUACAUCAUUCAGCAGGCGAAUUUUUUGGGUGGAGUCAGUGAUCAAGUUGAGGUCGCGCAAACUGAGCUACAAUUAAUGUUGGGCUACCUGAAAGACGCAGAUGCCAGACAAGGAGAGGAUGAAGUAGUACGCAUUUGGGUUGCAACCAUUAGAGAUGCUGCUUAUGAUUUGGAGGAUGUGAUUGAAACCUUUGUCUUGAAAGUGGUUUCCAGGAGGAAAGGAAAUUUGAAGAUUGUUUUGAAAAGGUUUGCUUGCAUCUUUAGAGAAGGAUAUCAUCUUUACAAGACAGGGGGGGAAAUUGAGAAGAUUACAACCAAACUUUCCACAUUGAGAUCGAGUUUGCAAAGUUAUAAUAUAAGAGAAACAAGGGGGAGUGGUGGAGGUGGCGGCUCUUCUUUUGAGAGGCAACAAGAGAUGAGGCUAACUUAUCCCCAUGUUAUUGAACGUGAAGUUGUUGGGUUAGAAGACGGUGUAAAUAUAUUGGCUACGCAUUUAGUAGAAGAAGAAAAAUGCAGUCGAGUUGUUUCUCUAUGGGGCAUGGGCGGUUCCGGGAAAACCACAAUUGCAAAACAGGUUUUUCAUCAUAGUAAAGUUCGACGAAGUUUUGAUUGUUUUGCUUGGGUGUGCAUAUCUCAACAAUGUCAAGGAAUUGAUGUUCUGAAAGAAAUCUUAAUUAAACUUACUUCUGCUACCAAUGAGCAAAGUGAAGAAAUUGAAAAAAUGAAGAAGGAUAGAGUAGCAGAGAAGCUUUGUAUCAUCCAAAGAGAAAGGAAAUGCUUGGUUGUGCUUGAUGACAUUUGGACCUGUGAUGCUUGGAACACUUUAAAAGCUGGAUUUCCAAUUAACCAGGAAACAAAGAGCCGAAUAUUACUCACCACACGCAACAAGGAAGUAGCCUCACAUGUAGACAAAAAUGGUUUCCUCUACCAACCUCAUGCAUUAAAUGAUGAUGAAAGCUGGGAAUUAUUUGGGAAGAUAGCACUUUUUGGAAGGGAUUAUACAAACUCUGAAUCAUAUGCAAAGAAGGAAGAACUAGGAAAGAAGAUGCUUCAACGUUGUGCAGGGUUGCCAUUAGCAAUCAGUGUGCUUGCAGGACUUUUGGCUAGAAAAGACACUGUUGAGGAAUGGAAUACAGUGCUUGAGAAUGUUGAUGUAUAUAUAAGGAGAGGCCUAUUUCCUGAAGAUUAUGAGAUACCAGUGAAAAGAUUGACUAAAUUGUGGGUGGCAGAAGGCCUAUCAUCAGCAUCCACAGAAAUUAUGGAAGAAGUAUCAUAUAGCUGCUUAAUUGAGUUGGUGAAUAGGUGCAUGGUUCAAGUUGGAAAAUACGGUUCAACUAAGAAUGUUAAAACUUGUCGUCUCCAUGAUCUUAUGCGAGACUUGUGUGUAUUAAAGGCCAAAGAACAGAGCUUUCUUCAUACUGUCAAUGUUUCUGCAAUCACAGGAACCAAGGCAGCCCCAACCACUAAGGUUCGAAAGCUUGCCAUCUAUUUGGACAAAGAAGUUGACAAAUUAGUUCCCACAACAGAUGAAAGAGAUGGUCACCUGAGAUCUCUUUUAUACUUUGUCCCAACACAAUUUUUCUGGAAUAAAAGAGUAAUGCGGUCAAUAUUUGAGGACUUUAAAUUGCUUAGAGUACUGAAGUUUGAAGAUAUGCUAGGAGGAGUAGAGUUACCAAGUACGAUUGGGAAUCUAGUCCACUUAAGGUUUUUGAGUCUAAAGAAUAGUAGAAUAAAGAAAUUGCGGUCAUCAAUAGCAAAUUUGGUAUGUUUGCAAACUCUGGAUUUACGUUGUCGUAUCUUGGUGAGGAGAAUCCCAAAUGUGAUUAGGGACAUGGAACAAUUGAAACAUUUAUAUUUACCUGCUUCUUAUAACAGAGUAAGUGGUAAACUGGGAUUGGCUACUCAUCCCCAUUUGCAAACAUUAGUCAAUGUUUCAAGUAAGGAUUGUGAUUUGAUUGAUCUUGCUGAAUUACGCAACCUCAGAAAACUGGUCGUAGAAGUACAGAGCUUGAAAAAUCUUGAGGAGAUGUUGAAGUCAACAAGCAUUACAUUUAACCAUCUCAGGUCUUUAUCUGUGCAAUCUGAUAAUGAAGAAGUUUUAGUGAGGAUGCCAUUAAGCUGUCAUAAUAUAUUCAAGCUGCAAUUAAAGGGGCCAAUAAAAGAGUUGCCAGAGGAGCUCAAGAACUAUCCAAACCUCACCAAGAUAUCGCUUUCUGAAACUCUUCUCAAGGAUGACGAGAUAGAAAUACUAGAAAACCUUCCAAAGUUAAGAAUGCUUUUCCUCGAAGGUUAUACUUCUGUGCAUAUCAGGGCCUUUCCAGGAACACUUGUUUGCUCAGCAGGAGGCUUUCCUCAUCUCAAAUUUCUUUCCCUCCGUCAGUUGUGUAAACUAAAGGAGUGGAGGAUGGAGAAGGGAGCCAUGCCUAGUCUCAGCAGGUUGCACAUUGAACAUUGCAUAGAUUUGACGUCGGUUCCAGAUGGCCUUCAGUAUAUUACUACCCUCAAGGAAUUGCAUGUUAAACGGAUGCCUUCUACGUUCUGUGAUAAGCUUCAGGAAGGAGGACAGGAUUUCUACAAAAUCCAACAUGUGCCUUCUGUUAUGUUGUUUCAGAUCUGGUAG